AUGCUUGCUGUGUUCGAGAAGACGGUGGCGAAUAGCCCUGAGGAACUACAGAGCCCGCAUUCGACUGUGCCUGCUUACGCCUUGAAAGAGGGAUAUCUAGCGAGUCGUUUCAGCGGCAAACACCCCAACUCCGUCGUGCUUAAUCUCGGAUCGUCGGGAUUGCUCGCUUACGCUCUCGAUAACAAUGAUCCGCGUGUUCCUAGAUUAUUUGCGGUGGUGGAUGACAUCUUCUGCAUCUUCCAAGGACACAUUGAGAACCUUCCGUUCCUGAGACAGCAGUAUGGGCUGAGCAAGAUCACGAACGAGGCCAUCAUGGUGAUUGAGGCUUACAGGACUCUACGUGAUCGUGGUCCUUACCCUGUCGACAAAGUUGUCAGAGAUUUCCAUGGAAAGUAUUCCUUCAUCCUCUUCGAUGGCACCAACAAAACCGUCUUCGCUGCUUCUGACGCAGAUGGAAGUGUGCCGUUCUUCUGGGGAAACGAUGCUGAAGGACACCUUGUUCUCUCCGAUGACGUGGAAAUGCUGAAGAAAGGUUGCUCCAAGUCUUACAGUCCUUUCCCUAAAGGUUGCUUCUUUACAUCAUCGGGAGGAUUGAGGAGCUUCGAGCACCCGAAGAACGAGCUGAAGCCAGUGCCGAGGGUGGAUAGCUCAGGAGACGUGUGUGGUGCGACCUUUAAGGUUGAUGCUGAGGCUAAGAGAGAGACUACCAGAAUGCCUAGAGUCGACAGCUCCCAGAACUGGGCCGGUCAUAUCUAA